AUGAACAAAGAUGAAAAUCAUUAUCAAAUCCUUGGCGUUGAUCCAAAUGCAUCAUUGGCAAAAAUUCGUGAAGCAUACCGAAAACAAGCGCUUCAACAUCAUCCUGAUAAAAAUUCAAACGAUCCAAAAGCCACUGAAAUGUUUAAAUCAAUUCAAAAAGCGUAUAAAAUGUUGUCAGAUCCAAGUACACGAAACGAGUACAAUUCUAACACUGAUUUUGAUGACGAUGAAGGCAGUGAUGAUGAUGAUGUACUGUUUAACAACGAUAACAUUGAACGAUUACACAUGGGAAAAAAGUGGUCCGAAGAUUUUGCAGAAAAAAUUAAUAUUUGGACGCGAGAGUAUGAACAUAUGUCCAUUCAAAACAAUUUUAAAAAUGAAAUAAAAAAUGUUUUAAACGAGACGGUGGAACAAUUUAGUGAAUAUUUUAAUCCGGAUGGACAAAUAAACACGUACACCGAAUGUGAAACAUGCAAAAAAAGUUGCUUGAAUUUAGACGAUCAUAAUGACGCUGUUGUUCAUCCAUACACGAAUUUGUUUAAACUUUCGCACUCACCUGCAGCGAGUACGAUUUUAGAUGAAAAAGUGGAAGCAGUCGUUAAACCAACCAUUUUCAACUGGCAACCGGUUCGAUUCACAUCAUUAUGGACAAAUUUGUGGUCAAAUCCAGAAUGGCAAAACAAGAAGAAAACAAUUGAAAAAUUAACUGAGUCAAUUCAAAUACUAAAAUCGACAAAAGUAAACGAUGAUGCUUCAUUCGUUUACAUUGAUGUUAAUCGUACAAAUUACAAAAAAAUCGAAACAUGUAUUAACCAAUUAACGAAAAAAGACCGAUGCAAUUAUUUUGACGAUACGCAAAUUCCUAAACAAAUCAUAAAAAUACUUAAUGAGACGUGUCAAAUGCAAGACAGAGAAACCAGUAUUAAUCGCCGACCAACUGGUAGACGUGUACUCAUAAUUAAUAACAAUACUCUAUCUCCAGCUGAUCGACAGUUGUUGGAUAAUCAUAUCAAUAUCAAUGACUUUUAUUAUACUGUCCAAACUCCAUCUGAUCCCCUACCUGACAGUGAUCAAACAAACUGCAACGAAUGUGGUAAAAAAUUUUAUCUAUUUCGUCAGCGCUAUCAUUGCCAAAUGUGUGGCACAAUGCAGUGUGACAAUUGUCAAUUACGGCAGAACAUACCUCAUUUAGGUUAUGUUGAACCAGUUCGAAUUUGCCGAAUAUGUGUCAAACAAAAACUUGCAGUUUUAAAUGAAACAAUGUUUGCUUGUCUUCAACGAAUUAUAAAUGCGAAUAUCAACGCUCAUUUUCCGGUUUAUCUCGCACUUCUUCAAUAUUACAAAACACAAAAUUUGUCGACGUACUACCGCCAAAUUGCAGAGCGAUUUUUUGCCUUGAAUAAUUAUUCCUUAGCCUUACAAUGUUACGUAUAUGCAGAAUUAAAAUGUCAUGAAUGGCUAGACAUGAUUGCACUUGCUUGUAAAAAUCAAAACUAUUCACUUGCUCGUACCUUCGUGGAUAUUGUAACAAAAAUGUAUUCCAAAGACAAGAUAUUCUGGUCAAAAACAUUCGAUGAAUAUUUGUCAAUGAUACCAUCGGGUGAAAAUGAUACGUUUCAUUAUGCAACUAUGAGUCUCUUGAUUUAUGAUGCAACAAAAUUUAACAAUACAAGUUUAUUGUCGAAAUGUAUCUUUUAUGAUAGGCAGAAUAACUAUGAAAUGUGUCUUCUAUUUUUACUUUAUAUGAAAUCUCAACAUUAUACAUCCAUUGAUUGGAUACAUAUGGGCAAAGAGUUUAUGCGUUCAGAAAAUAUACGAUUGGCAGUAUUUUGUUUUCAAUCCGCUAAUGUCUCUAUGGAAAAUUGGAUUCGUCAGUUCGACCAAUUAUGUUCACAAAAUGAAGAAUAUUCAAUAGUAUCAUCAAUGUUACCGUUGAUGAACAAAAUGGAAGUUCGAGAUUCUUUUAGAAAUGUUCAAAUAAGAAAUCCCGUCAUUUAUUAUUUACGUAAAAUAUUACUGUCUCCGAAUGAAUCAUUACAUGAUUGGCUAAAUUAUGCCGUUUUACUGAUGAAACGAAAUGAAGAUAGUUUAAAUAUCAUUUGGUGUUUAAUAUUUAUACAAGCUCAAUUUAAUGUUGACUGGAAUGCAUUAACAAAUGAUUCGAUUAUACAAGAUCAACGGGAAAAAGUAUUACUAUGUGUAAAAAUGCAGCAAUUAAUUAAUUCGAAAAAUGACACUAUCACAAUGCUCGCAUUGUUUAAUAAUAAUGUCUUUAAAAAAGAUCAAUCGUUGCUAAUGGAACUUAUUCAUAUGUCCAGUAUAGACUGGAAAAUGGCCGGUGAUUUUUAUUUCAACGAGAAUAGAUACGAAAAUGCUAUAAAUUGCUAUUUACAGAGAAAUACAGACGAGAUGAACAGUUAUAUCCUAUCACAAGCUCUGAAGUGUGUUGACAUCGAUUUUACCGCCUUAUACAUAAUUAUUGUUUAUCGUCAAACAAAAUCAAAUUCAAAAUUUCUCGGACAUAUUAUUGAUAAUCUAUCUCAAUCAUUGCAGUUAUCUAAUGAAGUUAAAAAAGAAUUAUUCAUUGCGACGAUUCGAAUCUAUGAACAUGUAUUUUUUGAUACAGUACCAAUGUUUAAGUUUCAUCUUUUUAUACUGAGUGAAUUAAUUAAAGAUGAAAAAUUAACUGUAGACUAUAUUUCAUUAAUGAAUGGUGGACUGCAUUUUAUUAAUCGAUAUGAAAAUUUGACGAGUGAUUCAGUCGGUAGUUUAGUUGAAAUGACUAAGAAAUUUAUGACAAAAAUGAAUAUCAUUGUUUAUGAUCAAAUAAAAGCGGCUACCUAUCUGACUAUCCAAGAAUUUGCAAAAAUUAUUAAUGAAGAUCGCAAUCUUCAAGUUUUGAAAAUUAUACUGAAUGAUUGCCUUGGUAGACAAAAAAUAGAGGAAUUGACAUCAGUACGCUAUCGAUCAAUGUUAUAUAUGAUUCAAGCUCAAAUAUGUAGACUUGAAAAUAAUAUACCACAAUCAUUGGUUAAGUUGCACGAAGCACUUCGAUGUUGUCCGACGGAUGAUGUGACAAAUGCUGUUAUCUGCAUGUUGAGAGAUAUUUAUUUUCACGAAACAAUUGUUCAACAUUUAAUUAGUGAUAUACGUAAAAUGAAAAUACAUUUCGAACACACAGGCUUCAUUACUCCACUCAUUUCGCUUACUGAUUUACCUGAGAUGAGUGUUCAAUCGACCGGUUUGAGAAAGACACCACGCUUGAAUAUGAUAAGAAAAUAUGAACGAGCUAUCAUAAGACGAAUGAAAAAUGAAUUGUUGAACGCUGCUCUAUCCUAUAUUGAUCUCUCAAUGGCCGUUGGAGAUCCAACAUGUAUCGCAUCGAACUUUCUUAUGGCUUCACUUUACUUUUAUAAAUUGUUACAACAAACUCGUGAUUCGUCUAAAGCUUAUGCCUAUCGAAAUGUUAUUAAUAAUAUUACAGUCCAAGUAUAUUUAUUGUCUCGACGUUAUUUACCUCCCCAUAUGCAAAUUUAUAUGUUUAAAAUUUCAUUUACAUUGAUUACUAGAGCAACAGAAAUAUUUCAAACACACAUUCAUGCGACAAAAAAAAAUCCAAAUAACUAUCAUCCUCAUAUGUUAAUAACGAGACAAAUUAGAACAGUUCUUAGUGAAUUACUGAAAAACAUGGUAAAUCUUGUCCAGGUAGCACCCUUGCACAAACUCUCACUAUCACGUAGUUAUGAUUUAAUCUAUGUAGAAGUUGUCGGACAAGAAUUAUUCGCAAAAUUUUUGAUGGCUGCCAUUGCAAAACCCAACGAGAAUUUAUUAUCUUUACACGUUUAUGAGUAUUAUCUGUUUGAGGGUGUAUGGAGAGGAUGGAUGCAAGAGAAAACAUUUGAUGAGGCUCGAUUUAACUGUAUGCAAUCAUUAUUAUCUACAAAAAAUUGGAAUAUGAUCGACGUACAAAAGCAAUUACAAUGGUCACUGUUAACACGUACACAUGACGGUUGGUUACCCGAGCGAACAUUUCCUCUUCGACUUUCGAAAGAAAAAUUCGCCAGAGUACAUGGCAUUUCAUUCUACAUUGAAACUGGUGAAAUCAAAUUUUUAUUCCAAGAUGCUGGAUCAUCCAUGGAGGGCCUCUUCGAUGCUCAAGACGUAUUAGAAGUAAUGCGAAAAGGUUUAGUCUAUGGCAUAUUCACACUUGAUCAACCGAAUAUCGAAUAUCCAUCUCAUCCGUUUCAAGAGAUGCGAUAUGGACCAUCAAAAUUAUCAGAUACGCAUUAUCUUUCAACAUUACUUCAUGCCGAUUAUUUAUUGAAAAUGUUAUCAACGGGCACAGAAGUUUGUUCGGAGCCACCAUUCGAAAUGCGUCAGACAGUCGACGGAUUUCUCAAACGUUUACCUGAAUGGUUGAAACAAGAACUGAAACCCAUCGAUGAACGGAAAGACAGUGUAAUCAUAGAUAGUGUUCAUCGAUUUUGGAUUGAAGCAGGAGAAAUUACAUAUGAACACACGUUUGAUGAAAACAAUGGUGUUAUUACUUAUUAUCUGAGUGAUGUGCCAAUGUGUGUUAAAAAACAGUUGAUGAAAUAUGAUGAAGAAGGAAAUUUAAUUGAUAAUACAUCAAAACCGGACGAGGAUCAAACACCGGAAGCGGAAUUUGCCCGAGCAUUUACAAAACAUUAUGAAGAAAUUGGUUCGUAUUUUCCUGAAUUGUUACGAUUAAAAGAAUUGCUAAAACUCGGUGUAUUGCUCAUUUUUAUUCGAUCAACAUUUGAAAAUAUUCAAAAACACAUGAAUAAUCUUGAUAUUGAAGUUACGCCUAUUAACAAUUUUUUACAAGGAAUUCGUAAUCAACUAACCUAUCCAUGUGUAACAGAUAACGAAAUAAACCGACUUUAUAAUCGAAUUUUAAACGAAAACAAUAUACAGUCAUCGGCCAUUUCAUACAAUGAGACAAAUGAAUUAAAAAACAAAAUUAGAACGCAACUAAGCGAAGCAGAUGAAACAAACUUGAAUAAAGUGACUGAUGUUAUUUGUGAGUCUUGUCAUUGUUCGAGCGACCGAUACCCGGUAAAACAAUAUGUUUUGAAUUGGUUGAUGCACAACAACAAGACAAAUCUUGUCAACUGUAUUGUCAAUUCUCUGAAAACCUUUAAACGUGAAAAAUACUCAAAAAUAUUAGAAACAAUUAUUUAUCUAGGAGUGAAUUUGGAUGAACAAACUAAGUUUUCCUUAGAUAAUUCUUCGACUGACUGUUCAUGGGUACCUGCUGUGUUUUGCUCUAAAGAAAAAAGUCACAUGAAAGUCUACGGUGGUGUGAAUUUACAACCGAACCUGAAAGAAGGCAAUGUCAAAAAUAAAAACAGUGACCAAAUUAAGCAAUACGAUCCUCAAAAGGUAAUGAAUAGUGCAGAUAAACCAGCAUCAUCGCAAAUUCAAAGUAACGGGUCAUCCGGUAAGGGAGCAGGACAAAGAAGAAUUGUGACUACGGCGGACAAUAAUGACGAUGGAGGCUCAAAUCGAAAACAAGGAUGGAGAAAAAGAGACGAGGGAGAAAAACCUUAUCAUCACAGAACAUUUGGUGACCAGAAUGAAAUUCCUCAAAUAAAAGAAAACGAAUAUGCAGCGUGUAGAACGGAAAGACAAGCAUUUAACAUGGCCAAAGAUCAAUUUGGUGUCGCAAGAAAUGCACAACCGAUAUUUCAAACGAAAGUCGAAGAAACGUUUAAAGGGAAGAGAACAGGAUAUAAAUUACCAUUGUAUGGAUAUUUUGAUAUGCAAGGAGAACAGUUGUAUACACACGAAGGAAAGACUUGUAGAAAAAUUGUGUUGAUUCGAAGAGAUCGUGAACAUGAUUACAAAGAUGAAAAUCCAAAUGGAAAUCAAACGGCACACAGCAACGCUGGCGAAAUUUUUAUUCCAAUAGGCAAGUGCUCUUCAUCAAAGGAGAUGAAAGCGUAUGUAGAUGCAUUGAUACAAAAUUCUAAGCUGCCGAAAACCUUUUUGAAAAAACAUUAUUUCACUCAAACUCCAUGA